AUGCGACAAAAUGUUGAAUCAAGAGAAAGAGAAAAAGAACUGGAUAAAACUGCAAGAAAAUUAAAACGACAAAAUUAUGAUGUUAAAGACAAGGAGAACAAAAGGGAAACAACUGCAAGGAAAAUUAAAAGACAAAAUGAUGAAGUGAGGGAAAAAGAAAAAGAACUGGAUAAAUCUGCAAGAAAAUUAAAACGUCAAAAUGUUGAAUCAAGAGGAAGAGAAAAAGAACUGGAUAAAACUGCAAGAAAAUUAAAACGACAAAAUUAUGAUGUUAAAGACAAGGAGAACAAAAGGGAAACAACUGCAAGGAAAACUAAAAGACAAAAUGAUGAAGUGAGGGAAAAAGAAAAAGAACUGGAUAAAUCUGCAAGAAAAUUAAAACACAAGGAGAACAAAAGGGAAACAACUGCAAGGAAAACUAAAAGACAAAAUGAUGAAGUGAGGGAAAAAGAAAAAGAACUGGAUAAAUCUGCAAGAAAAUUAAAACGACAAAAUUAUGAUGUUAAAGACAAGGAGAACAAAAGGGAAACAACUGCAAGGAAAAUUAAAAGACAGAAUGAUGAAGUAAGAGAGAAAGAAAGAAAACUUGACAAGACUGCAAGAAAGUUGAAAAGAUUAGAUUGUGAAGUAAAACAAAAAGAAAAUGAAGGAAAUAGAAUUUCAAAAAGCAAGAGUAGGGAAGAUCCUCUUGUUCUUGAAAAAGAACGAAUAAAGAAGCAAACUAAACGCAGUGAUUGUUCGUACAGGCAAAAUGAGAGGUUGGACGAUAAACAAAGAAAAGGAGAAAAAAGAAAGAAUAAAGAAUAUUGCAACAAGGAAAAUGAAAGAAUUAGACAAAGACAGUUUGGAAUAAAUGUACAGGAUUGCAUUCACAAUUUUCAUGAACAGAUUAAGCAUGGUCCAGUUUUUGUGUGCUCAUGUUGUCAUCAAACAUGGUUUAAAGAAAGUGUUUUAAAAGUAGAAAAUACUAAACUUGAUGACACAAGUAAAAGCAAAUAUCUUACUUGUAUUACUUCUGUUGAUAAUGCAGAAUGGAUUUGUAAGACUUGCUAUUCUUCAGUUAGAGAAGGAAAAAUCCCAAAGCUAUCUGUUCUCAAUGGUAUGAUAUGGCCUCCCAAGCCAAGAGAAUUAGACUUAUUUUCAUUAGAAGAGAGACUCAUAUCACUUCGAAUCCCCUUUAUGCAGAUUAGGGAGUUGCCAAGAGGUGGACAAUAUUCUGUCAAAGGAAAUGUUGUGAAUGUUCCUGUAGAUAUUCAACCUACUGUUAAUAGCUUGCCUAGAAAGAUGGAUGAAAAUAUCACAAUUCCUGUUAAGUUGAAAAAAAAGUUGUCUUACCAAAAAUGUGAUUAUCAUGAAAAUGUACGACCAACAAAAGUACUGAUUGCAUUACAUUGGCUUUUGAACAACAGUGACUUUUACAAGAAUGCAAACAUUAAUGUUGAUGAUAGCUGGUUUCAAGAAAUCACAUCUUCUGCAAAUGAAAUUGUUCAAGAACUAGUGCAAACACAAGCAAAAAGAGAUCAAAGUACUAGUAAUCUUGAGACCGACGAAGACAAUGAUGACGAUGAGUAUUGUGAAGUAGACGGAGUUGGUAGAGAUGGUAAUUGUGAUACUCUUUUAGAUGAUGCUUCACGAGACAUGAAUCAGAUUUACACCUUUGCUCCAGGAGAAGGUCAACGCCCCCUUAGUUUAUAUCAAGAUCAGAUUGCAGAAUAUUUAUCAUUUCCUACAAUAUUUUGUGGAAAGGGAAGAUUACAAGACGAUGAAAGACAAGUACGUGUCUCGUAUGCAGAUAUAGCUAAAUGGGAAUUGAGAAGUGUUGAUAGACGUGCAGCCCAGUCUGUUCCAAAUUUGUUUUUUAAGUUGAAAAAAAUACAAAUGAAACAAGUUACAGAUAAAUGCAACCUGGCUCUUCGGAAAUGCAAAACCAAAGGAAGAUCUAUCACAGCAAAUGAAAUUAAAAAUCCUGAACAUGUGAAUAGCCUUGUUAGACAUGAUGAAGGUUUUUUUGUGUUUAGACAGUUACGAAAUUCACCUGCAUAUCUUGAAACAAGAAAAAAGGAUGUAUUUGCAAUGAUAAGACAAUUGGGUUUACCAACAUGGUUUAUGUCUCUGUCUGCUGCAGAUACAAGAUGGAAUGAUCUCAUUAGAGCACUUGGAGUGUUAAAUGAUGGAAAGGAAUACACUGAUGAAGAAAUCGACAACAUGACUUGGUUUGAAAAAUCAAAACUAGUACAGAAGGAUCCUAUUACAUGCACUAGAUACUUUGAUCAUAGAUUCCGUAUGUUCAUGAAUUCAGUAUUGAGAAGUGACCACCAUCCAAUUGGUGUUGUGAAAGACUUCUUUUAUAGAAUUGAAUUUCAGCAAAGAGGGUCACCACAUGUUCAUAUGAUUGUUUGGAUAGAAAAUGCACCAAAAUAUCAUGAAAAUAAUGAACAAGAGGUAGUGAAUUAUGUAGAUAAUUACUUGAAAUGUGAAAAGAAUGAAGAUGAUUUGACUAGCUUACAAGUACACAAACAUUCACAAACAUGUAAAAAGAGAAGUAAAGCUGUAUGCAGAUUUGGUUUUCCCCUUCCUCCUCUUGAAAAGACCUUGACUUUGGAGCCACUUGAAUGUGAGGUAGACAAAUAUAGGAAAAUGUAUGAUGAAAUUCAGAAACAGUUAAAUGAUAUGAAAAAUGGAUGCGAUUUGUCCUACAAGGAACUCCUAAGCACUGUGUUAAAGAUAUCUGAGGAAGAUUACAUUAAAUGCAUUAGAAGUUCACUGAGAGGUCCAAAGGUUUUUCUAGAGAGAAAGCCAUGUGAUAUGAGGGUCAACUCUUACAACAGUGUUGUUCUUGAUGCUUGGAGAGCUAACAUCGAUAUACAGUAUAUUUUGGACCCAUAUGCUUGUGCUAUGUACAUUGUUUCUUACAUAAGUAAAUCUCAAAGAGGGAUGAGUGAUUUACUAAGCAGAGCAGCAAAGGAAGCUAGAGAAGGAAAUCUUGACAUUAAAAGACAGGUGCGCCACAUUGGAAACCAUUUUCUCAACAGUGUUGAAGUUGGAGCACAGGAAGCAGCAUAUUUAGUGUUACAAAUGCCAAUGACAAAAGCAUCAAGAGAUGUAGUUUUUAUCAACACAAGUCCAUCAGAUGACCGAGUUAUUCUCAUCAAAACAGAUGCAGAAUUAGAAAAAUUGACACCAAAUUCUACAGAUGUGGAAUGUAGCAAUAUAAUUAAACGGUAUGCAAAACGCCCAAAACAGCUUGAAAACUGGUGUUUAGCUGAUUAUGUAUCACAACUAGAUGUUGUAUUCCCAAAAGAUGAUGAAAAGGAGUUGAUUGAAAAGGAAGUGAACGAUGAUGAUGAUGAUAAGAACAAUAUGUCAAAUGAUGAGGAAGAGAAUGAUUCAGAUCUUGACUUUGGUGAAAGUGAUACACUUGUUACUUUGAGAAACGGCAUAAAAAUUAGACGACGAAAAGUACCUAGGGUAAUUAGAUAUGUGCGUUUUAAUAUCAAAACGGAUCCAGAAAACUACUACAGAGAAAAGCUUAUGUUAUUUUUGCCUUGGAGAGUUGAAUCGGUUGAUCUAAUAUCUGGAAGUGACUCAUUUGAGAAAUCCUUUAAUCGUAGGAAAUCCUUUUUAACAAACAAAGUCAAGGAAUAUGAAUACAAUGCCGAACAGCUUGAUGCAGCUCUGCAAAUGGCAAGUGAGGAUUUUUCAGAAGCUUAUGAUGAAUUGGCACCAAAUGCUCAACAAACAGAAGGAGAGGAUGAAAAUGAAGGAUCUCGUGAAUCUGAGAACUUUGUCCCAUUUAAUCCUGAGAGACCAGUUGAACAAAGACAGUAUGAUUUAGGUUCUGAUAUAGGCAUUCCAUCAACAAGACAAAUAACAGAAGACAGUUCUGUUAGAUUAUCAGACAGUGAAUACUUGCAACUUUUAGGAAGUCUAAAUGUAAAGCAGCGGGAAUUUUUUAAUCAUGUUGUGCAGUGGGUCAAAACAAAGAAAGAACCUAUUUAUACAUUUUUAUCUGGAGGUGCUGGUGUUGGCAAAUCCGUUUUGAUAAGGGCACUUUAUCAAGCUCUGCACAGAUACCUAUGUUCCACAGAAGGUGAAAAUCCAGAUGACAUGAGAAUACUUCUGUGUGCUUAUACUGGCAAGGCGGCAUACAACAUCGGAGGAGCAACUAUAGCAUCUGCUUUCCAUCAAAAAAUUAAUCAAAGUCAACAAAGUUUGCACUCUGACGAAUUGAACACUUUUCGUACAAAGUACCAAAACCUAAAAGUAAUCAUUAUUGAUGAAAUAUCAAUGGUGGGAAACAGAUCAUUAGCACUCAUUGACAGUCGUCUACAACUUCUCACAGGCAUCAAGAAACCAUUUGGUGGUAUAAGUAUCAUUGCUGUUGGUGAUUUUUUCCAACUUAAGCCUGUGAUGGAUCGUUGGAUCUUUCAAGACUUAAAUCAUGAUGCCCAAGUUCUUGCAAGCAAUCUUUGGAAGGAGCAUUUUUCUAUUUUUGAGUUGAACGAAAUCAUGCGCCAAAAAGAUGAUAUUGAGUUCGCUCAACUUCUGAAUCGCCUACGUUACAAUGCAAUGACAGCAGAAGACAUGAAUGUGAUACACAGAUGCAUGAUAACAGAAACAAGUGACAAUUAUCCACAUCAUGCUCCUCAUCUCUUUACACAGAAUUCUAAAGUAGACGCAUACAACAAUCAGUUGAUUGAAAAUCUUGGAGGAGAAAAGGUCACAGUGAAUUCAGUUGAUUCUGUUAUUAAAGAUUAUUCAAAAGAAGUUAAGGAAAAACUGCUAAGAUCUCUUCUUCAAGCAGAUGAUGUGAGCAAAACUGCCAAUUUGAUGCAAAAUUUGAUUCUUGCUGUUGGGAUGAUAUAUGAUAUCUCGGUCAAUGUUGACGUAUCUGAUGGUUUGACAAAUGGUUCAUCAUGUAAAGUGCAAUUAAUUGAAAGGAGAAUGGAAGGUAUAUCAAGGCCAAGCAUAGUUUGGGUAGAAUUUUUUGACUCUGGAAUUGGAAAAACUGCUCGAAGGAAAUACAGACAUUUAUUUCAUGAUGGAAUUUCUGAGAACUGGACACCAAUUUUUGAAGUUCAACGGUCUUUUCUUUUGAAUUACAAUACUUUUCAGAGAAUCCAAUUUCCAUUACGGCCAGCUGCAGGAAAAACAAUUCAUAAAGCCCAAGGUUGCACAGUUGAUGAAAUUGUAAUUGAUAUGUCUCAAACAAAAGUGAGAAAAAUUCCCCACAUCCACUAUGUAGCACUUAGUCGGGUAAGAUCUCUUCACAAACACUUUCCACAAAUUCAAAAUGAGCCAAACAUUCUUGCUUCAGAUGUAGUUGGAUUCUCAGAGACAAGAUUAACUAGUGCAGAUGUGGAAAAUUAUCAACUUCAGGGAUACACAGCAAUAUUUAACCAUGAGACUUUAGAUAGUUCUGAUAGACGUCCACAUCAUGGAACAGCACUGUAUGUGAAAGACAUUUACAAGACAACUUGCAUCUCAAAGAACAAAGCUCAUUACCAGCUAUAUACUGUCGGACAUCGUGCUGUAGCCCAGGCCAACCUGAUGGCUAUGAGGGUAAGCUGGAACAAAGAUGGCAAUCACCAUAUGGACAACAGCACUGAGGUCGACUUGAUAGUUAUGAGGACAAAUCAGAACAAAGAUGGCAACCACUACACAGACAACAAUACAGAAGUGGAGGUAGAGGUAGAUGACAGAAGUUACUUAAAAGGAACAAUGACAGGUUUGGAGUGA